GAGGUGUGGUUUACAGGUGCAAAUUCAAGAAAGGCCAGUUCCAGGGUAGCCACCAGCGAGACAGAUCCCUCCCCUUUGCCUCUUGUCUCUGGACGCACACUCUCUGAACUCUCAAACGAUUUCAUUUCAACCUGCCUCGAUCAUCUCACCCAAGUCCAACAAGCAACGCUCAGGCAGAGGAACCAAAAAUGAAACUGCCACUAGGCAUCACAAUUGCACUGCUCUUGAUACUUCAGACAUUUCAACAAGUGUCCACCCAGAUACCUGACGGAUGGAAAAGAAAUGGGACUGUAGACGACAAUGGACAACAAACAUCAGUUGAGAAAACAACUGCUCAACCAGUGGGAGGAAGUGAAGGAGACUCUGAGAGCAGUUCAGAAAAUGAUGUUCAGUCAUUUGGCUCAAUUUAUUUUAGUGAUGAAGGAGAGCAGAAUUUCACAAAACCCCUGAAUCAGACCCAUGAGCAGUCUGACACAGAGGAAGCUAGUUCUGAUGGCUCUGUUCCUACAACACCACCUCCUAUGAUUGCACCGAAUUCAAGUUCAGAGCUCUCAGAUACAUCAGCAGAAUCCAAUGAAACAUUCACACAGAACACAAACACCUCCACACCAGAGCCAGAACAUUCAAAUGAAUCUGCUCUUAAUGACACAUAUACCAGUCCACAACCUGAGACUACCACAACAGAGAGCAGCCAUGAUGGAUCGGGAUCUGGAGAUUUGCCCUCAGACGAUGUACCCACCAACAGCACUACUACAAGUCCGACCACCACAACAAAAGAUGAAAGCGUCCAGAACGAAACUACAGUGAGUCCAACUGAACCACCAGUACAGGACACUACAACAGCAAUAAUUCCACCUGUCGUCCCUGAGGACCAAACAACUCUUGCUCCAAACAGUGAGGAUACAGAUGCAAACCUGACUGGACCUAUUGACAACAGAGAUAAUUCUCAAAGAGGUUUGUCUUCAGAUGUUUCAGAUGCUAAAGAAAGCAAGAAAGGGCAGGCGUGGACUAUCGUCCUAGUCAUUGGGAUUGUGGUGGGGAUCCUGGCCUUGGGAGCAUUUAUUAUCCUGAAUCGAAGGAACAGAAGAGACUUCUCACACAGAAAACUGGUGGAAGAGAUGUCACCUGAUCCAGUUCUCCGACUGGAUAACAGUGAGCCACUAGACCUUAAGUUUGAUGGAUUUGGUUACUACAAUCCAGGACUACAAAGGGACAACAUCCAGAUGACCAACUUCCCACAGGGAAGUUCAAAAUGAGAACAACUCUGUGAUGCCAAAGACAUUUUAUUUAAUGAUGCACUCGCGUGAAGACAAAAGGAUGUAAUUAAGAAAUUGUUGUCAUUAUUAAAGUGAUUUGCCAAAUCAAUCACAAGGCAAUUUUACAUAACUGAAUGAUCAAAACAUUUUUUUACUGUUAAGUAGUGUCUAACAUUUGAAUGUUUUAGACUAUCUGAAGGAACCAAAUCUGAAGAUUAUUUCUAUACUGGGCACUUUUUUUGUUGGAACUGCAAAGUAUUGGAUUGUAUGCUCCUUUCUAAUUGUACAACAAGAUUGUUUACUUGACAUAAUUAUUGUAUCAUGUCAAAACCUGUAUAAUCAAGAUGGUGUGAAAUGACCAGCGUUAUGACACUAAUUCUCUAUGCACAGCAGUUUUGGUCGAGAAGAUCAAUAUUAUGUCAGUGAACUGGGGAGAACAUCUACAGGCUUAACACCUUUCUUCUGAACCUUAUACUAUUUGAAGAUUUUUUUAGUUUACAAAAGCUUUAAACUAAAUAGAGAAUAAACAUGACGGUAGGUUCUCAGAUAAUUAUAAAUAAUAAAAUGAUAAA